GCUAUGGAGGUAUUUCGCAUCUUUCUAUGAUUUUUCUUCAAUUUUUUCUGAAAAUCUCAUCUGUUUAAAUAGGAGGUGGAAUGAGUGGCGGCGGCGGUGGAUAUGGCGGUGGUAGCUCUGGUGGUGGAGGAUAUGGCGGCGGAGGUGGAAUGGGUGGCGGCGGAGGAGGCUAUGGAGGAGGUGGAAUGAGUGGUGGUGGCGGUGGAUAUGGAGGAGGUGGUUCAAGCGGUGGGGGUGGUGGAUAUGGUGGAUCUAGUGGCGGUGGAGGUGGUUAUGGAGGCGGAGGAAUGAGUGGUGGAGGAGGUGGAUACGGCGGAGGUGGUUCAAGCGGUGGUGGUGGAGGCUAUGGUGGUGGUAGCUCUGGCGGCGGCGGUGGUGGAUAUGGUGGAGGCGGAGGAAUGAGUGGUGGUGGUGGAUAUGGCGGUGGUAGCUCUGGUGGAGGUGGAUAUGGCGGUGGUGGCUCCAGCGGCGGCGGUGGUGGUUAUGGAGGUAAUUUUUCACAUUUUCCAUAAUCUUUCGAUGUUUUCUGAAAUGUUUUUCAUUCAAACAGGUGGUGGAAUGGGUGGUGGUGGC